AUGGUGGUUGGUAUCGUGUUCGUUAGGAUGAAGAACGAACGUGGUCCAACGGCGGCACAGGCCGGGGUGCAGUGUUUGGAGCUACUGAGCCAUACCUACUUCCAUAUGAGCGAGUCGAGCCAGAUAGAGAAUAUUGUCAUCUUCUAUCUGCGUAACCUGAGCUCGCCAGCGCGUGAAAUCCUGCUUGGAUACCUCCAGCACCAUCACACCGGGUACGACGAUGAGCCGGAAGAUGGGGAGGAUGGCCACUCCAUGUUCCAGUUGAAGCUGAUGUCGGACGACACUUCGAUCGAAAGCGCAAGAAGGGCGCAAUUCAUGGACCACAAGAAGAUCGACUACUACGUGCUCGUGAUCGACGACUACGCCGGGCUGCGGCGGGCCAUGACGUACAUCGCCUCGACGGCGGCGUUCAAUCCGCGCGGGAAGUUCAUCGUGCUGUACAACAACCCGAACGAUCGUGACUCCGACCGACGGCUGGCGAACGACGUACUGCAGCUCAUGUUCGUCGGUCACCACUCGGUGAACGUGCUGUUCGCCUUCGCCUUCGACGCCACCGGCUACAGCAUCUACACCGGCGAUCCGUACCACGGCGCGAAGGACUGCGGCCUGAUGAAGCCGCUCAAGGUGGCGACGGUCGUGAACGGGAGCUUUACCAACGGGGCCCUGUCCCGAGCCAUGAUCAACAUCCCGAAGGUACCGCCGGAGAUGGAAGCGUGCACGUUUCUGCUGUGUACCCGGGUCGCCCCACCCUUCAUCGACAUGGACUGUCAGCACGGGCUGGAGCUGCAGAUCAUGGACCUGCUGCAGCAGUCGAUGAAGUUCAAGGUGAACGUCUCGUGCAGCGAGAUGGACCGGGGCGAACCGCUGGACGAUGGCAGCUGGUCGGACCUGCUGGGGUUGAUGCGAGCGGACGACUGCGACAUCAUUGCCGGUGGCUUCAACCCUGACUUUGACGUGCACUACGAGUUUGGAUCGACCACGCCGUACCUGCAGGACUACCACACCUGGUUCGUGCCGAUGGCCGGAACGGGCGCCCGCUGGAAGCUGCUGGUGCUCAUAUUCGACCUCAACACAUGGGAGCUGUUUGCAUUCGUCUUGCUGAUUUCGGCGCUCGCCUGGCGCUUCGUGGGACAGUUUCUACCGGAGGCCGCACCGCACAAACAGCUGGCCAUGUGCUUUCUCAAUACGUGGUGCGUGUUCCUGUGCAUUUCCUCCAACAACCGGCCAGGGUGUCACGCGCUGCGGAUCUUCUUCGUGGCGCUGGCACUGUACGGAUUAAAUGUGACCACGAUUUACACAAGCAUCCUGUUCACGAUACUCACCGAUCCACCGAAAGCCUACCAGGUGGACUCGAUCGAGGAGAUCCUUGCCAGCAACAUUCCCAUCGGCGGCCGGCUGGACAGCGAGGACUGGUUCAUGAACAACUUCGACGACGACAGGCUGGUGUCGGAGCGCUACAACUCUUCGCCCGAGUUCCAGCCCUCGCUGGAGAACCUGGAUGCCGUCGUUGCCGGCAAGCGGUCCCUCCUCAUGAGCCGUCUGUACGUGCGUAACACCAAGUACCAUGGACUGGUGUACGGCCUAUCGACCGACGUGUUUACUACGCAGAUCGAGAUGAUCAUGGAGAAGGGAUUCCCGCUGCUGCCCAAAUUCAACCGCAUCCUCUCGAACCUCAUCGACAUGGGCCUGAUGGAGAAACUGUGGAGCGAAUUCCUCUACAACGUCACCAUUCUGAACCACAUCAAGCACAACCGGCAGCUGAGCGAGGCAGAAAUUCUGGCCGCCUCGCCGGAGGUUGUGCUGACCCUGGAUCAUCUGCAGAGUGCGUUCGCACUGUACGCGAUCGGUGUGGCUCUGUGUUUGGUGAUGUUCCUUCUGGAACUCAUCUCCAAAACCGCCUGGAUACAGCAGCUUCUGGAGAAGUUGGACUCCCGGUGGGACCAGACACUGGUUCACCUACAACUGAGAGAACAAAAGUCUACCAAAGUGAAGCUUCGAUCGAGAGAUCUGUCACGCGGGAAAAAGGCGAAGAAAAUUGCGCGUAAACCAUUCAAAUAG